UCUCUUUUGCUCUCAUUGUAAAUUGAAGCGCCUCUUUCGGCGGAACCUACCCCAAGAGCGGAAAGCGGAGAUCAAUUAGAAUUGUGAACCCCAAAGCGAGCGAUUGAUACGAUACACUCACAAGUACUCAUGCCCAAGCCCGAGUACUCUGUCCAGCAUCCACAUCGGGGAAUCAACAUAAAUGGGUGGCUCCGCGGACGGUGUUCCAGCAGUCGCGCUUGGGCGGUCCGAGUGAGCAGUAACGGAUCUUCUGCAGAAAUCAGUGCAUAGAUACAGUAUCUGAAGGAUCAAAGUGUUGAAAAUCAAUUAAAAGAUGGACGAGGCUUCUGGCACGACGACAACCGAUGGCAAGUCCCUGGAUGAGGCGCCGGUGGCCGCAGGACUGGAGCCCACACAGCCGAUCGGCUUCCUGCAGCUCUUCCGCUUCUCCACCUGCGGGGAGAUCGCGUGGCUCUUCUUUGGGUUCCUCAUGUGCUGCGUCAAGGCGUUGACCCUGCCCGCAGUGGUCAUCAUUUACAGCGAGUUCACAGCACCCUCUCCGCUGCCACGAACAUCACCACGCUGUCGUUUCCCUUUACGAUGGCCAACAGCAGCGGCGGCGGGUACACCAUUCCCACGGGGACCCUGA